AUGAGAUACCGAGCGUGGGGUACAUUGUUGGCUAGUUUGGUCGGAUUCCUGCUCAUGCUGGACAUGCCCGAUCGGAUUGCAGCCGACCUGAUGGGUGACAUCCAGCAAGGGUUGAAAACGACCGGCAAGCUGUUCGGCAUCAACACGAUUGCCGAUGUGGCCGAUCUGGUGGCGAAGGGGUUUGCGACACGUCGCGGUUCCCAGGAAACGGAGCGACCAGCGCAAGCCACCGAAAACGUCGGUGUCGCAGACGGGUUACUCACUCAAGCACCAUCCAUGAUGACCAUUAUGAUGAAACUGCUCGGACUGGAUGGUAGCCAGCUGGGCGCAAUGCUCGUCAACGGUAUCGUGUUCCUGGCGCACAUUAUAGGGACAAAUUUGGGAGCAUUUCGGUCACCCGCCCUCGAUGUGUCAUCUUCCACCUUCCCAACCGAUCCACCACUGACGGGUGAAACACAACCAACCCAAGCGAACGAGAGUCAAAAGCCGGGCUCUACCCCACUGGAAUGGUUGCUGCGCAAUCCCUCGAAACGUUUCCGUGUGCUGCUGGAUCAGGUGCAGAAUACCGAUCUAGCCGAGCGUUUGGAUCGCGAAAUGGACCAGCUCGACCGCUAUGCCCCCGAGGACACGGACUGCAUCCGGUUGCUGAUGUGUAAGGUGAAACCCUUCAUCUGGAAGAUGCAAAAUGUCGUUCGCGACCAGAUACUGGUGAAGACCGAUGGCCAGCAGCAACCCUCCAACGAACAGUCGAAACAGUCCGCAUUCGCUCCUAACGGUGAAGAGAUCCUGAAGGGCAUUCAUGCCAAUUUACCCUCGGAGGAGGAAUUCCAGCGGCAGAGUAAAGCUUGUGAGCAACAGUUUCGUCACUGUCGGCGGCUGCCAGAGUAA